AUGAAAUCGGCGGCCGCCACGCUCGAAGAAAGGCUGCAGGACGUUGUGGAUCGCACCACAACCGUGGAGACGGCGGGAUUGCGACAAGAAGUGGCCCUGCAGAACGCCCGCCUCGAACAACUGGCGGAUGAGAAUGGCCAACUUCGGCGCAUUGAUAAAAUUAAAGAGUUGCAUUUGUGCGAGAACUGUCUCCGUCAAGGUCACGCGUCUAAUGAGUGCCCGUCGAAGAUAACAUGUACGGUGUGUAAAAACAGGCAUCACCACACGUUGCAUGUUGAUUCUAAAACAAAAAAUUUAAAACUCGAAUAUAAAAACUUGUUGUUGGCUGACCCUACUUUCUAUCGUUCGAGUCGCAUCGACAUGUUGCUCGGCAGCGACGUAUUUCCGUUUAUUUAUGACGGUGGAAGGUAUAGUCCGUCGCGGCAAGGAUUACCGUUGGCGUUAAGUAGUGUAUUUGGUUACGUAAUUACGGGUCAGCUGUCUUGCAAUAAUACGAGUAACACUAGAAAUGUAUCAAUGUGCAUGUUAAGCAGCGAAUCAAAAGUCGAUGACUUAAUUAAAUCGUUUUGGGAAACAGAAAGCUUGGUCGCUGAUUUGCCCAAAAACCCGGAUGACGUCAUCACUGAACAGAUGUUUGUAAAUGAUUAUAAGCGUGAUAGUACAGGUCGAUACAUUGUUAAAUACCCGUUUAAGCCUGACUCUGAACUGGGAAACUCAAGGCAAAUUGCGAUAAAAAGAUAUCAAAAUUUAGAACGUAAACUGUCGCGUUUACCAGACCUACGGAAGGAAUAUAAAAAAUUUAUGGAUGAGUACGCUUCGCUCGGUCAUAUGAUUUGUGUCGGCGAGGUAUCAGAAGUGGAAUCAGGGUACGUCAUUCCCCACCACUGCGUACAUAAGCCUGACAGCAGUAGUACUCGUCUCCGUGUAGUUUUCGACGCGUCUUGUCAAACCUCAAAUAAUAAAUCUUUAAAUUCUGUUUUAUACACGGGCCCGAAGUUGCAGGCUGAUCUCGUGGAACUUUUGAUACGUUUUCGGUUACGUAAGAUUUCCUUAUGCGGUGACAUAUCUAAAAUGUACCGUUGUAUUUUAAUUGAUGAGUCCCAACGUAAAUAUCAACACAUUUUGUGGCGCGACUCGCCCAGUGAGCCCAUUAAAGUGUACGAGCUGUGCACCGUGACGUAUGGUGUAGCGAGUAGCCCGUUUCUAGCGAUACGCACGCUACAGCAGCUAGCCGCGGACGAAGGCGCCCGCUUCCUAGAGGCUUCUCGUGCUCUGCGCGAAGGAUUUUUUGUGGACGAUUUAAUUUGGUCUGUGGAUAACUUGGAAGAGGCUCUUAAGAUUCAGCGGCAAUUGGUCGAAUUACUAAGGCUUGGUGGAUUCGAAUUACGCAAGUGGUCAAGUAAUAGCGAUCAAUUACUUAAAGAACUGCCUAGUGAUCAAGUUGAGCCCCCAGUGCAAUUCGACGACGGUAAAACUAUGUCUAUCAAAACUCUCGGUCUACACUGGUUGCCUAAAGAAGACGCAUUUUCUUUUCGUACUACACAUACGGUAGAUAAUAUUACGAAACGCUCAGUACUUUCACAAAUAGCUAAAUUGUAUGAUCCCUUGGGAUACGUAGCCCCGUGUAUUUUUCUUGCUAAGAAUUUUAUGCAAAAAUUAUGGUGCGCUCAAUUAGGGUGGGACGACACUCUUCCAAAGUUGUUACUCGAUGAAUGGUCAAUGUUUUCAUCUCAAAUACCGUUUUUAUCGAAACUAAAACACGACCGGCAUGUCUUUGUCCAAAACCAUACGGUCUCUCAAGUGGUAGGGUUUUGUGACGCGUCAACGGCUGGAUUCGCCGCCGUCGUGUAUAUUCGCAGUCAAGACGUGCAAGGUAACGUUAACGUUAGCUUACUGUUAUCGAAAUCUAAGGUCGCGCCCUUAAAAACAGUAUCAAUUCCACGUCUUGAAUUAAUGGCUGCUCACUUAUUGUCAAAAACUUUACGGUACGUAAUCGAUAUUUUGGCCAAGGAAGUAGAAAUUGGUGAGGUACUAGCUUUUACUGACAGUUCAGUUGCAUUAACAUGGAUAAAUACACCUGCGUUCAAACUAAAAACUUUCGUCGCCAAUCGUGUCGCUAAAAUUAAUGAAAGCUCGACAGAGGUACAAUGGUUUCACGUGAAUGGCACUGACAACCCCGCCGAUGUGUGCUCUCGCGGCGCCACGCCAGCCGAUUUGCUGCUGAUCGCAGAUCAGUGGUUCCGUGGCCCUCGAUGGCUAUACGAGCCACCGCAUACGUGGCCUGUCAGAUCGAUAACAGAGUUCAAAGGUGAACCAUUGGAACUCAAACCUCUUAAAGAAAACACUUUACUUAGUGAAACGUCAAAUAGUAAAGGGUUCCUUACUUACUUCUGA